GGCAUUCUCGUCACGUUCGACCUGAAUUCUUUAAAGUGACUAUCAUAAUAAUAACUAAAUGUUCUGAACCACUCAACCUCAGUACGUAUCGUUAGCAAUUGUUUCAUCAGACAAAAGGCAAUUUGAUUUACGUGCCCUCCUCCGUUAUGCGUUUGGCCAAAUAGCGCAUUCUUUAUGAAGUUUGAAAAGUAAGACUUCCAGUUUUAAAAAUCAAAACAUCAUAAGUGUCAGUCCUAUUAGCCAAUGAUAAGCGAUCGCAAUUGGAGGACCGAGAGUUAGGCGUCUGCUGUGACAGUCGAGCUAGCGGCGUCUGACGCGACGAUCAGCAGGCCACGCAAUGUCCUUGCCAUCCAAGUCUCAGCUGGAUACAACAGCUGUAGAAAAUUUUCGCGAGUAUCUGAGGAUCCCUUCGAUACACCCAGACGUAAAUUACGAUGACUGCAUCAAGUUUCUGGAGAAACAGGCAAAAUCUCUUGAUUUGCCAAUCAAGAUUUACCAUGUGCAUCCAAAGAAGCCAAUUGUGGUUAUCACAUGGGAAGGUACAGAGCCAUCAAAACCUGCCAUACUCCUGAACAGUCAUAUGGAUGUUGUGCCUGUUGUUGCUGAAAAAUGGACAUAUCCCCCAUUUAGUGCUCAUAUGGAUGAGAAAGGAAACAUCUAUGCUCGUGGUAGUCAAGACAUGAAAUGUGUUGGCAUUCAAUAUUUAGAAGCUAUUCGACGAUUGAAAUUGAAUGGACAACAUUUUAAAAGGACCAUUCACAUUUCAUUUGUGUCUGAUGAGGAAAUUGGUGGUAUCCUGUGUAUGAAAGAAUUUGUUCAUACUCAAGACUUCAAGUCAUUGAAUGUUGGGUUUGCUCUGGAUGAGGGUAUUGCUUCACCAACCAAUGACUUUUUCAUGUAUUAUGGUGAACGCUCUAUUUGGCAUGUCUGGGUUCAUUGUCCUGGAACUCCUGGACAUGGAUCCCUUCUGCUGGAUAACACUGCUGGUGAAAAGAUAAGAGUUAUCAUUGAAAAAUUCAUGGACUUCAGAGCAAAGGAGAAGGCAAAGUUAAAAGACCCGAAACUCAAGGUGGGAGAUGUUACCACAGUAAAUCUGACACAGCUUCAGGGUGGUGUUCAAACCAACGUAGUGCCGACUGAAUUAACAGUUGCUUUCGAUAUUCGUAUUGCAACGGAUGUGAAUCAUGAGGAAUUCGAAAAUAUGCUCAAUGGAUGGUGCAAAGAAGCUGGAGAAGGCGUGUACUUCACCACAGAGCAGAAGAACAACUUUGUUGAAAACACAAAAUUGGAUAACACGAAUCCGUAUUGGCUUGCUUUUAAACAAUCUUGCGACGAGCUUGGAUUAAAUCUGGAUAUUGGAAUUUUCCCAGGAGGAACAGACAGCCGCUAUAUACGAGAUGUUGGCAUUCCUGCAAUUGGUUUUUCACCAAUGAACAAUACAACAAUCUUAUUGCAUGACCACGAUGAGCACUUAAACAAAGAUGUGUUCCUGCGUGGAAUUGAGAUAUAUAUGAAAUUGAUACCAGCUGUGAGCAAUGUUUAAAGAUAACUAGUAAGAAACAAACGAAUAAUGAAAUCAGUGCAAUAUCAUACUAUUGCUUGUAAUAUAUUUGGAACAAAGAUCAGUAUCAUAUUCAUAUGAAGUGACUAAUCAGAUGCCUGAUGCAAAUUUUAUUGGAACUUUAAUGUCAGUGAGUAAUAGAAAUUAGUGCAAUAAAAACAAGUAAAAUCUAUCCCGUAAACAUUUGCUGGACUGACAAAUAUAAUUAAAAAAUUAAAAGUCUUGUGAAUGACCAGAAUUGACAGCGGCGAAUGAAAUUUUGGAAGCAUGUUAAUAAUGCAUUAUUUUGAAAACUUCUGAAUUUUAUAUAAUUUAAUAGUGCAAUGUUUAAAAGAAGAAUAUAUAGUGUAAUGUGCAAAGCAAGAAUCUAUGAAGAGCACUGAGUGCUGUAAUUGAAGACAGCUACAGGAAGAGUUUCUAAAGAACGGUGCUAUUUUAAUUAUAUGUGAAAUAUUUUGGACACGAAUGAUAUUUAUUGCUAAAUUUACUAUAAAUGAAUAUGUUUAUAUUAAUUUGCAAUGCAAAUUUAAGAAGCAACUGAUAUUCAAGAAGGCUGCAUGAAAGUUAUGAAGACGUAUUUGAUAUAUUUUUUGUUCAAAGAACAAUGCAAAAAAUGUUAUUUCAACUAAGAAAAAAACUGGUUUGCAUAACUAUCUUAUUGAAACAUUUGGGAUAUAAUUUUUACGUAUUCGUAAAUUUAUAAUUUCAAACUAUCCGGCAAUACUGAGUCGAUUAGUAAUGUGAUAUAUCAGAGGGGAAAAAGUCGAGAAUGUGAUAACAAUCGUAUAGAAUAGUUACCCGCUCGUAUAAGCCUAUAAUUCUACCAGAAGAAAGAUGGAAACCACACGAGAACAAUGGAAAAAGAGAAACAAUAAAUAGUGCAGUCUGGAACUGGAAGUCAAGUUAGUGCUUUAAUACGGGCAUCUGGAAUACGUUUACGUCGUUAUUUCUACGUAUGUUUUGAAGAUAUAUUUUAAGAACAUUAUAGUAAUGAAUGAAUUUAUUUACAGUGAUAGAUGUUAUCUAAAAAUAAUUAAAAAUAUACAAAAAAUUGUAA